CCCAAUUUGCAGGACAAGGAACAAAUAACGAACCAGCAGUGCUCCCAUUAAAUGGUAUGUGUAAUUUCGGAGGCUUCCUGAACGCACCACCGCAGAAUAGGAGACCUUCUCCGUCUUCCUCCUCCUCUCGCUACUCCAUUCUCCACUCAUACUACAGUACGUCAACCAAGCAGUGGUGUGGGAAGGUUUUUGCAGUUAACUGGUCUUCAGUCAGCGGAGGGCCGUGGCAGCACCGCGGCGGAUUUAACUUACCCGGUUUAUCUUGGCAAGAAAACCUUUAUGAAGCUUCCCAUCAGUUAAGACAGUCGCUGAACUACCUGUCAAAAAUGUUUCUUCGGGGUGGCAAGCCCGGACCAGCCUCAGACUGGCAGAGUGACUCAGUGCAGGGGGAGGAAUGGCAGCACGGAGCAGCGGGACACAGCCUCGAGUGAAGGUGGAAAAUAGUUACCAUUGUGGCUGGAUAAAAAGCAGGACUUGGUCCACGAUGUUGACAGUCCUGGUUUACGUGUUCCUGGUGCUGCAUGCUGUUCAGUGCUUGGAGCCUGGAGCUCCUUUUCAUUCAGGGGCCCUAGACCUCCCAUGGCAGGAUGGGCUGUGCUGUGACUCAUCUCCUGCUAACGUUCAUGUGAAGGAAGGGGCAAACCAGUCUGAAAUAAACCUUCCACACCCUCCAAGCUGCAAAUUCAGAAGCUCCACAGCUGAAUCACAGCCUUCAAUGCCUUCAGGCGGCACCUGUUUGGACAUACUGUGCAGAAUAGAUGAGUUCUGGGCAAAUUUAACUUGUGAUCUUAAGUCCAAUAGCCAGCCAUCUGAUACACUGAAGGCCAGUCGUAUGGCAGUCAGCUUCCAGCGGCUCUCUCAGGGAAACAGCACCAAUUACCCUACAUCUGAUCAUCAGGUUGUAUGUGAUGCAGAAGAUUCACUCAUGUGCUCAAUUCAUCUUAAUUCAUCAAGAACCUUUGCUGUCCUGGUAACGGUCAACAUCUCCAACGUUAUGGCUUCAACAGUUUUGCUCAGAAUUCCUGCCAGACCCGUGAAACCAAGUCCUCCAGUCAUCCUGUCACACAUUCAGACUGUGGAAGCAGAGCUCAUUCUAAGCUGGAAAGAGCCACCAGACUUUAGUGGUAAUCUGCUGAGAUAUGAAGUCCGAUAUUCCACCCAGAAUACCCCCCCGUACUGGCAGGUGGUGUCUGCACUUGAAAAGCUCAAUGUGUCACUGGAUUUGGAACCCUUAGUGAAGUACACAAUCCAGGUUCGCUGCACCACCCAAAGCCAGCCUCCACUGUGGAGUGACUGGAGCAAGCCCUACUACAUCUACCUGCACAAUGUGAGCUACAUCCCUCAAGAGGUAGUGGCGCGACCGGGUGAGAAUGUAACGGUGUAUUGUGUGUUAAACGGCCACAGCGCCAACGCAAGUAUGGCCAUGUGGUCCCUCAACCGAAUGGUGCCACUUGAUCCCAGUCUGUAUCAUCCUGUCAACCAGCGGGUCAGCCAGAUCACAUUCAUGGCUUCAAAGACUGGGAUGUAUGACCUGCUGAGGUGCACGCAGGAGUGGAGUAUUCCUUAUAGCAGGAUAAAUGUGGAAGGAGGUUUCAUCAACAUAACAUGUGUAACCAACGGUGACAUUGAUACUAUGAACUGCAGAUGGGAGAAUGAAGAGUGGGCCAUACUCAAAUUUCGAUCCAAGAGUGCAGAAAUGUCAUGUGACGAGAUGGAAGAAAGGGAGAGAGACGGUGAGGAUGUAGGUGAGAUGGGACCUGAAUGCAGUCCGAAGAAAUAUAAAGAGAAAGUCUGCACUUUCCAUCCUUUGAAGAUGAAUUGCUACAAAGUGUGGCUGGAAUUGCCUUCCCACCUGGGUCUCAUCAGGUGCAAACCUGUCUACGUGUCACCUAUAAAUCAUGUGAAACCCAACCCUCCCACUAAUGUGACGCCGGUGAGUCUGAGCAGUGGAAUCCUAAGGGUCACUUGGAACCCUCCUCUUUUGCCAACUGAAGGCCUCCAGUGUCAGUUUCGGUACCACACACUCAGUGUGAUAGAGAAGUGGAAGUUUGAGGAGUCUGUGCGGGUUCCCUGGGCAGAGGUUGAGAUACCAGACAUGUGCCAGGUCUAUGUAGUUCAAGUACGCUGCAAGCACACCAGUGGGAUCGGAUACUGGAGUGAAUGGAGUGAUUCUAUCCACUCCACCCCUCAAAGCAGCAGAGCUCCUGAACGUGGGCCUGAUUUCUGGAGAAUGCGUCAAGAUGAUCCACACAGAAGCCAGUCUAGCAUCACUCUGCUAUUUGAGUCUUUCCCAGCAAAUUGGAACUCCUACUGUGUGGAUGGAUUUAUUGUCCAGCACCAGGCCUCGAACGGAUCUGUGCUGAGGAGGCAGAUCGAUAUGGUGUCCUCCUACAGCUUUGAGUGGAAUCAGGAGCUCCAUUUUGUGACAGUGGAAGCCUACAAUAGUCUAGGGAGCUCUGUUAACAACGUCAACAUGACGCUGGAGAAAGAACCUAAACGCCGCUGUGUCCAUUCGUUCCACGUUUCGUUAAUAAACAGCACCUGUGUGUUCUUGUCUUGGAGCCUGUUGCAUAUCAGCUCUGUCCCUCUGUUCAUGGUGGUUCAGUGGUUCCCAACAAAGCAGCAGGACUCAGAAGACUUUGGUCUGAGUGGACAAACGUGGGCCAGACUUCCCUACACUGAUCCCCCUGCCCAUUUACCAGGAGAUUUUUUUAGCUCAGAGGAGUAUGGCUUCCACUUGUAUCCUGUGUUUGCUGAUGGAGAAGGGGAACCGAUGUUCACGCUACUGAAGACAGGAGAUCCUCCUGCCUACAUGACGCUGGUGUUCAUCUCCAUCCUUUGCAUUGGCGUGUUUGUCACCCUGGUUCUCUCCCAAAACCAGAUGAAAAAAAUUGUGUGGAAGGAGGUUCCAAACCCGAACAAAUGCUCAUGGGCUAAAGCACUAGACUUUAAAAGGAUGGACAGGUUUGAGUACCUUGUCCGACCACCAGAAGGUUUUCCAGCCUUGCCACUGCCCUCCGAGAAGAUCUCUGACGUUAUUGUGGUGAAUAAAGCUCUGACAGAGGCCUUGGUCCACACCCCAAAAUACUAUUCUCCUGACUCUGCUGUUGCUUCGACUAACUCAUUUCUGCCGUAUUUAGACCCAAAAACUGACCAGUUGCCGGAGCAUGAGACAGUCCUUGGUGGAGCCAUUAGUCUAGAUUCCUUAACUACUUCAAACAUAACCAUAAAUAAACUAAAACCAGUCAAUACCUUGGUGGAGCAAGGUUCAGGAUCCACUAACAGGUCUGCCCAGUCUUCAGUCACAUACUCCAAGGUCCUGCUCACUGAUCAGGAUCAUCCCCCCCUUCAACUCCACUACAAGGAGGGAAGUAGGAGCAGCUCCAGCGAUGAGGGAAACUUCUCAGCCAACAACUCGGAUAUCUCUGAAUCUUUCCCUGGUGGACUGUGGGAACUGGACAGCUGUCAUGGUACAAAAUCAGAUGAUCCAAGACGCUCCUGCUCCUACAACUCCCUAAAGGAGCUUUCUGAAACAUCAAACCAAGAAGAUAAAAUAGACAUGAGGCAAGGGAAGCCCUUAUACUAUCUAGAAAUUAGACCUAUGUCAGAGGAUGAGGAAAAUGAGGAAGAGAAGCCAGAAAGUGAGCUGCUGAAAGGUGCAAAUUUGAACAGAGAAGAUUUUUCUGUGGAGUUGCAUCCUUUGCUCAGCCCAGAGGUGUCGAUGAAUCCCAGCAAGAUGCUGCAAGAUUCGACUUGUAGCUUUGCCUCACUGUACAUGCCUCAGUACAGGAAGCAUAACGCAAACCACGUCCCACUAACAUGACACCAAACAAGCUCUUAUUAAACGUGCUCCAUUGUGUUGUGAACAGAGUCGUGGUUUGCCAUUUACCACAGUGUUCCUACCCUGAAAAAGCCUUUAGGUUUGGCAUGAAAAAUGAGUAGGAAGCCUGUUACCAAAGCCAGUCACUCAUGCUCUGUGCACAUUCUAAGCUGAAAAUGUAAAAAUACCUCAUCUUAUAACUGAUUACGUGUUGAUGUUCAUUUCAUGAAAGAAAAAGAAGCCAAGAAGGCACUCUCUUCAUAGAUAAAUGUUUCUUCAUUUAUUUCCCCUGUACUGGGGUUUAAAUAUGAUUUUCCUCUGUGUAAACAUCAAACUUCAUCGGUAUUAGUGACUGAUAAAAGAUAUUUUUCUUUAAAAAAAUCUGAGUUUAGCAAACUGAAAAAGCAGGAACUUGGUCUUCAAGACAGAGAAGUUGUAAGUCAAAGGAAGUUUAGGUCAGGUUACAAAGUUUACUUUCAUCACAUUUUAUAACUGUACUAUAGAUGUCAUUCUUUGCUUAAAAAAUCUUGCCUUCAUUCAGUGAUUUGAUGCUUUUCACGGUCUCUGAAAUAUUUCUGAUCCUUUUCAUUUGUUCAACUUCAGCUUUAAGUUGACUUUUGAGAAAGCGAUGUGAUACGCACCCAUCAGAGGCCCGUAUUCUGCCUCUUUUGGCUUCCUUAAAGCACAUUUGACACUGAAAAGGAAGAAAAAAUUGAAAACGUUGAACACCUGAAAAUGUGUUACUGCAGGGAAUUUUGUGGGCACCUUGUUCACUCAUUGGCAGCUUGUGCAUUUAUUCUCCGUAUAGACUGGACCAUCCGCUAACUAAGUCUUUGUGUAUUUUGUGUUGUAAUGUAUUUGGGGUUUGGUUUCAGUAUGUGAACAAUGUAGCAUUUCUGUCAGUCAAGCAUUAAAAUGACAGCAGAUUUCUUCUGUUAAAAAAGACAAAAUGUUUUCAAUCUACAUAAGAUGGAUUUAAAAAAUUGUAAAUAUAGAAACUUAAUUCACUGUAAUUCUUCAUGGAGAUGUUCUGUCUAUUUUUCAUUGUGAUAAUAAAGAAUUUACUGUGAAA